GGCUAGGUUGAUCUGUGUAAGAAGUCCCCUAAUAUUUAUUUAUUUAUAUCGACAAAGGUAACUAUUAACUAGUUAAUGUUGUUUCUGUAGCGAUUUAACUGAACUUUAUCUUGCUUUCAGAGGAGGGAGUGACACUUGAUUUUUUGCUGCAAGCAAAUGAUGAAGAGUUGUCUGAACUGACAACAAAAGUUGCAGACAAAAUAAGACUGAGAUCUUCAUUAGAGAAAAUUAGACAAAAAAACGCCCCUUUUAUGAAUGACCCCGUACUGUUCUCUCCAAGGUCCAGCGCAUGCAGCAGCCCAGUGCCAGUAGCUUUGCCUGAAAGGCAAAGUAUAUUAAUUCUAGGACCAAAUGGAACUCUUGAGGGUACUCCAUUAGAGAUCAGACCAAGUGUACAGCCCACUAUACAACAGAUCACACCUGUGCAACCACCUACGAUACCGGCCACACCUGUGCAGCCUCCACAGCCUCCACAGCCUCCACAGGCGUUGCAAGAUUAUAAUAGGGAAGGAUACUUCAAACCAAAGUUGGUGAGGAACAAGCAAAUUCAACCGCGUUGCUGGGAAUUGUUGCUUUGCUCCGGCAAAUGCACACUAUCGCAGUACCGAAAAAAAAAGUGUGGAGGCUGUCAAGGCACGAGGCAAGCACUGGUUUCCUGGCGCGCGUUGCAGCAGCGUCAGAGAUUGCCACAUAUUGCCCUCAACAAGAGGCAUUCAACCUCUCAAAAGGCAUAGAAUCAACCAUACAUCUUGCGGUCGGACCUUCAUGGGCUAAUAUACACAGGUAUGAAAUUGUUACCACUGCUGGAGGGCUAAGAUAUCAAGUAUCCACCAUUUGUGAGACUAUAAAGGUGACGUAUAAUUUAUACUGGGCAUUGGACUUAGCGUACCCUAAGGUAGCUGCACCUUGU